GAAAACUACGAGCCGCCGGCAUCCACCUGGAUUCUUUGACCGUACACGUGUUCUUUCUAUAUUCUAUAUUCUCCAAAGACAAAGAAGGUGAACAGUGAACAGGGAAGGAGGGAGAUAAAAGUGACGGCCGUAGCUGUGGUAAGUUAAGACUUGAAUGGCUUCGCGGUCAGUGUUUUCAUUGCCAUCGGCAAUAACAGCAUCAUAUUCCUCGUCGCCGAGCAAAAUCUCAUCGUCGAUUGCUCUUCCACUUGUCAAUUCUCGAUCUCGUUUCCUCUCCUUCCCUCCCCAAACGACUCUCGCCGGUAACCUAGCUUUUAGAGUCAAGCCCAACUUCACUAGAACCUCCUCCAUUCGCUGCGCUUUAUCUCCUGAGCUGAAGAGUACGUUGGAUAAAGUUGUGUCAUCGCAAAAAGUUGUUCUUUUCAUGAAGGGAACUAAGGAGUUUCCUCAGUGUGGAUUUUCAAACACUGUAGUGCAAAUUUUGAAUUCAUUUAAUGUUCCUUAUGAAACGAUUAACAUAUUGGAGAAUGAAGUUCUGCGUCAAGGAUUGAAGGAGUACUCUAGUUGGCCUACCUUUCCUCAACUUUAUAUAGAUGGGGAGUUUUUUGGUGGUUGUGAUAUCACUGUCGAUGCAUAUAAGAGUGGCGAAUUGCAAGAAUUAUUGGAGAGAGCAAUGUGCUCAUGAAUUUCAGGUGUGGAAGGUGGUUCUACUCAUUGACUUGCUUGAUAAUAUUGGCUGUGAUGGAUUAGUCUGUUGUAUGUCAACUUAAAUCUUUCCAACUAGAUAGUAGUGAAUGGCGACUAGAUUAUUCGCCAUAUUUAUUUGGUGUUUGUUCCAGUAGUCAAGGGAUUUGCAUUUAUGUCUGUAGGAGCCCGACUGCCCAUGUUUUGGGGGUGUCUACUGCAGAUGGUCUGCCUCAGAAUGCUGGAACAAAUGGUUGUUACUGUAUGAGAUUAGAACGCUAAUCCAGAAUCUCUUAAAAUUAUACUAUAAAGCUCAGGAAAAAGACAGUGUUUUUACAGAAAAAAGAAAUUAUAGUGUUGCAAUACUGUGCGCUUAAACAUUUUUCAUUAAUAAUAGUCAAGAAUCAUAAUGAUUGUAGUUUUUUA